AUGGAGGAUGAGUUGUUGAUGCAUACGUUGCACACGUUACCUAGUUCAGUGAAGAAGUUUUGGAGGAAACGGUACGACAUAUUCAGUAAAUAUGACGAAGGGAUAUAUAUGACCAGUGAGCUAUGGUAUUCGAUAACGCCGGAAUGCACUGCCAAAUUCACUGCCAAAUUAAUGAAAGAGCUACUUGAUAACCAUUUGAAUAAAGACGAGUACAAGGUUAUUGACUUAUGUUGUGGAGGCGGAGGCAAUACUAUACAAUUUGCCAAAGAGUUUGAGCGAGUGAUUGCAAUUGAUAUAAAUCCAAUAAACGUAAGAUGUACUCUACAUAAUGCCGCCAUCUACAAUGUUGAAGACAAGAUAGAACCAAUAACAGGAGAUUGGAACGAGAUCCACCAACAAUUCCACAAUAUUGAUUUCAUAUAUUGUUCACCACCCUGGGGGGGACCAAGUUAUAAAGUGAAGGGGGAAAAAUUUGACGUUUACACAAUGGAGCCAUUAAAUUUAGACCGGUUAAUAAGUAGUAUAAUACCAAUUACACGAAAUAUGGCAUUUUGUUUACCCAGAAAUACCAAUUUAGAGCAAUUGAAAGAAUUAAGUGAAAUUUACAGCCUUGGUUUAAGGGUGAUCAAAGUGAAAGAAUACGGACGCGUUAUCAGUUUAGUAGUAAUCUUUGGAGACAUUGCUCAAGUAAAAUUUCAAUACAAUUCUGACUUACAAUCUGAUUUACAAUAA